AGCAUAGCUUUUUUAAUUUAUUUGAUACAAAAUUGGUCACAAGAUACCAAUUUUGGUGCAACAAGUUGGAACCUAGAUCAACAGUACUACCGAAAAAAGAGAGAGAAAAGAGGUCAAACACGGAUUAGUUAGGGUCCUACAUGUAAGAUCGAUCUUCUCCCAGUUACCUGCUAUCAUAGAUUUGAAUACGUCUCUUCUAUAUCUAUGAACAGAAAUGUUAAAACAGACAGCAAUAUCUCAUAUGAGCUGGAAAAAUCUUGGUCAAUCAUAUCAAUAAUUUUAGCUAAUGUCAAUAUGUCAACUACUCAACUGUAUCGCUUUAGAAUCAGAAGCAAUAAUAGUUCAACAUUGCAAAUUAAAUGCUUCAAAUGCAUCUUCAAAAUGGGUCAUCCCUUCUUUGGAGCUGUACAGAAGUAACUGUCUGGCUUUCAAUAUUCAUAAUCUGAUAUCAGCUCAACAAGCCAACACUCCAACAGUAUGGUUAGUGAGUGACAUUGUACAAUGCCUUGGUCUGUCGAGGGCAUACCAUUUCCCAAUCAAAGAUCAAAUCUCUAAUGAAAGGAAAUAAAAAUCUGGGCCCUCCAGAAAUCAUUUAAGUUCAAGUAUUAAUUGCUCCCCAACUGUAAAUCUCUAAUCUCCAAAUGCAAUUAAAACCUUGAACUAUCAGCAUGCUUCUUGUUUAAUUAAUAAUAGUAUAAUAAGGAGAUCAAAAUUUCUUCUUCUUUGUGCAAAUGCAACUUGGCUUUUAAUUGCUGAGUACCUAGCUAAAACCUGUACUCGAAAGAGGAUGAAGCAAUCACCUACUCAUUGUAGGCGGACGUUGUUUAAACUUCAAGUGUUCAUUCUUAUAUGCAUGAGCACAGUUCUGGAAUCUGCAACACCGCCCACUUUCGGAAAUGAAUCCGAUCUCCUGGCAUUACUAAAUUUCAAGAGAAGCAUCACUAAAGAUCCUCGCCAUAUCAUGAGCUCAUGGAACAAUUCCAUCCAUUUCUGCAGUUGGGCAGGCGUUACAUGCAACCCUUCCAACAAUCGAGUCAUCAUUCUGAACCUGGAGGCUCAAGAACUGGAAGGCUUCAUACCACCUUCAAUAGGAAAUCUUACUUAUCUAACUCAACUCAACCUCACAGACAACAAAUUUCGUGGUGGAAUUCCUCAAGAAUUGGGCCGUCUACUGCGCUUGCAACAGCUCAACCUGAUGGCCAAUUCCUUGCGGGGGAAUAUUCCAACUAAUAUAUCUCACUGUUCCCAACUAAGAGUGCUCGAUCUUGGUGAUAAUGGACUUACUGGGCCAAUUCCAGACCAACUCAGUUCACUGUUUGAGUUGACUCAUCUAUGGCUCGAUACAAACAUUCUCACAGGAAGAGUCCCAGCUUGGUUAGGAAACUUUUCUUCUUUGUAUGCAUUUUCUUUUGGUGAGAACAAUCUCCAAGGAAGCAUACCCAGUGAGCUAGGGGGUCUAACAAGUUUGAGAAGAUUCGUACUUGCAGAUAAUAAUCUUUCUGGUACAGUUCCUUCUUCAAUCUACAAUAUUUCCUCAUUAUACUACUUCACUGUCACUUCCAACCACCUGCAUGGAGAGUUGCCACCAAAUGUUGGCAUAACUCUUCCUAAUCUCGAAGUUUUUGCUGGUGGCGUCAACAAAUUCACAGGAAACAUUCCUGUAUCAUUGUCAAAUGCUUCUAGACUCCGGUUUCUUGAUUUUGCUGAAAAUGGUCUUACCGGAAAGCUCCCUGCUGAGUAUUUUGGAACCUUGGGAAGGUUAGUGAGAAUAAACUUUGAUGACAAUUCACUGGGAAGUGGGAAAAUCGGUGACUUGAAUUCUCUCACUUUCCUGGCUAAUUGUACUAGGCUUGAGGUGUUGAGUUUUAUCAAUAAUCGUUUUGGAGGAGAAUUACCAGAAUCCAUAGGAAACCUUUCGACCAAACUGAGAGAGUUUAGUGUGUCAGGCAAUUUGGUACACGGAAGCAUCCCUAUCGGCAUUGGAAAUCUUGUAAACUUGACCAAGCUGGAACUAGGAGACAACAAUUUGGGUGGUAGUCUUCCUGAAGAAAUUGGGAAGCUUCAGAAGUUAGAGGGACUGCUUUUGAAUCUUAACAAAUUUUCUGGGCCAAUCCCAUCCUCCUUGGGUAACUUGACUUCACUAACAAAGCUAUUCAUGGAGGGCAAUAGGUUUGAGGGAAGUAUACCGCCAAGUCUUGGAAGCUGCAAAAAUCUACUAAUACUUGACCUUUCCAGUAACAGUCUAAAUGGCACGAUACCUAAAGAGGUAAUUGCGGAUUCAUCCCUUUCAAUUUCAUUGACACUGUCUAACAAUUACUUGACUGGUUCACUCCCAGAUGAAGUGGGUAAGUUGGUGCAACUUACAGAGCUAGAUGUAUCAGGAAACAAGUUAUCAGGUGAGAUUCUCACAACCCUUGGCAAUUGUGUUAGCUUGGAACGACUUCAUUUGGAAGAUAAUGAAUUUGAAGGAACAAUUCCACAUUCUUUUAAAGAUUUAAGAGGCUUGGAGGAAAUAGAUGUAUCGGGAAAUCACUUAUUUGGUAAGGUUCCUGAAUUUUUUGUCCAUCUUGGAAAUCUUAAGAAUCUCAAUCUUUCUUAUAACCAUCUUGAGGGUGAAUUGCCUAAAGAAGGGGUUUUUUCAAAUGCAACUGGUGUAUCAGUUCUCGGAAAUGAUAAGCUCUGUGGUGGCAUCCCAGAAUUACUUCUACCUGCAUGUUCCAGCAGAAAGCCUCAAUCAUCUCUAGGAGUACUUGCCACAGAAGUGAUAAUCCCUGUAAGUUGUGGAAUUGCAUUAGUAAUUGCCUUUUGUUGCUGCAUUGCUGGACGUUCAAUGGCGAAAAGGUCAAGAGAUAGAUCCGUAGCAUCACGUACUUAUGAGGAUUGGAAAUCAGGUGUCUCUUACACAGAACUCGUUCAAUCAACUGACGGGUUCUCUACAAACAAUCUGAUUGGUUCAGGAAGUUUCGGUUCGGUAUACAAAGGAUUACUCAGUGGUGAGGGAAUGGUGGUUGCUGUUAAGGUAUUAAACCUUCAACAAAAUGGAGCAUCGAAGAGUUUCAUUGAUGAAUGCAAAGCAUUAAGAAGUAUAAGACACCGCAAUCUUCUUAAGAUCAUAACUGCCUGCUCAAGCAUUGAUAAUCAGGGAAAUGACUUCAAAAGUCUAGUUUUCGAGUUCAUGGAAAAUGGAAGUCUAGACUCUUGGCUGCAUCCCAGAGAUGAUGAGCAAUCUCAAGGGAAGAGAUUAAGCCUCAUCCAAAGACUGAAUAUUGCCAUCGAUGUGGCUUCCGCAAUAGAAUAUCUCCACCACUAUUGCGAACCAUCCAUUGUCCAUUGUGAUCUAAAGCCCAGCAAUGUUCUUCUUGAUGAAGAUAUGGUAGCUCAUGUUGGUGACUUUGGUUUAGCAAGCUUCCUCUUGGAAGCAUCGGAUGAUCCCUCCGAGAUUCAAAGCAUAUCAGUUGGACUAAAGGGUUCCAUAGGCUACAUUCCUCAAGAGUACAGCAUGGGAGCCAAAGUUUCCAUACUAGGAGAUAUUUAUAGCUAUGGGAUACUGUUGCUAGAAAUGUUCACAGGGAGAAGACCUACCGAUGACAUGUUCAAAGAUGGUCUAAGCAUUCACCAGUGUACAGCUAUGGCGUUGCCUGACCAUGUUAUGGAAGUUGUUGACCCUUUCUUGCUCAUAGAAAGAGAUGAAGAGAAUGAUGAUGGUGGCAGAGGCAGAAACGAUGUCCAAGAAAGACCAACAAGACAUCAGGAUCCUGACCUAGUCAAACGAAGAGGAGAGGAGUGCUUGGUUUCAGUUAUGCAUAUAGGAGUCUUAUGCUCGUCAAUAUCACCAAGAGAACGGAUAUUUAUGGAUGUCAUUGUCAACAAAAUGAAGGCUAUUAGAGAGUUCUAUCUAAAAGUAACAAAGAAGAAGGAGCUAGAAAUACAGAGACACACACACAUAUAAUUUAUGGCCACCUUCGUUACUAAAUCUCAAUAUAUACCUUCAUCUAUAUUAUAUGCAGUAGGAAAUUAUCUGAAAUAAGGAUAUUAGCUGUAUCAAAGUAUGUGAUAUCAUGUAAUUUUAAUUGAAUGCAGCAUUUUAUAUGCCAGAACAAGAGAAGAAUGUUUAUUCAUCCUGGUUUUUACUUCACCGCAACCAAAUGCAUAACAUUGUUUCAUUUAAAAGCUAACUACUUCUUGUCCGUAAUCUCAGGCCUUUUUCUACUAUGUAUAAAUAGAUAGAAGUUUUAUCAAUAUAAGAAUUAUCUCUUUGGAUUGAAGAAAAGAGCUAGAU